GCAGCGGGGGUGCUGCUGGCCCCCCCCGCCGGUCUGGGCGUUCGCCGCCGUCACAGCGUUGGGCUCCGGUUUAUGAAUCUUAUUGCUCUAACACAUCACCAAAAUGAGUGAAAAGGAAGACCAAGGAGAUCCAGCAGAUAUGGGUGAUUUAUCAGAAAGUGGAGAAUAUGAGGAUGACUUUGAAAAAGACCUUGAAUGGCUAAUUAAUGAAGAAGAAGAAGAAAACCUUGGUGAAAGAGAGAAUCCUGAAAAAAAUGAAGAGGAUAUUGAAGCACAAAUUGUUAAAGUUGCAGACAAGUUUGAGGAAGACAACGAGGAAAUGGAAGAAAAUCCAGAUCAGCUUUCAGAGACAGAUGUAGAUGUGAAAGCGAGACCCUCCAAUGAAGAGAGUUUGGAAUCUCAGUCUGAUACUAAACAGGGGGACCGUGCAUCUGAUACUGAUAGUGAAAGCUCUGUCCAGGAGUCCAAGCUGGAAAACCAGCAGGACCUGGAUGAGGAAGAGGAUGAAGAAAUAAAGCGUUACAUCUUGGAAAAGAUUGAAGAAGCCAACAAACUGCUGGAGGAUCAGGCUCCUGUGGAUCAGAACAGAGAACGGAAAUUAAAAUUUAAGGAUAAGUUAGUGGAUCUUGAAGUUCCUCCUCUAGAAGAUGCUGAAGUUUGUAAAGCUGAUUUUGCAAGAGGAGAUGAUGUUUCAAAUAGGCUAUCUCAGUUGCGUAUUUCUAAUGAAAUGGGACAGGAAGGCAAGGAUGAGGAAAAGAAGGAUAGUAAAAUCCUAGUGGAAAAAGAUGGGAAGUUUGAACUCUUAAGUUUACGUGACAUUGAAAGCCAGGGCUUUUUGCCCCCUAUAAGUGUUUCUUUUACUGAUAUUGAAACUCAACAUAUGUCUCCAAAAUCUUCACACUACGGUCCUUUUGGCACUGCCUCUGGAACAAAGGAAGCGCCUCCAGUAAGACCAGGAGCAUGUUCUUUUUCUCCUGGUGGGGAAGAGUGUGUGUAUUUCCCCAAGCCUCCAUCUAAUCCUAAGCGUCGUCCAAAUUCUGCUAUCAGUGCUGCAAGAGGCCUGGGAAGACGGAAGACUCCGCAGAGAGCGCAGUCUGCAAAUGUGCCCGUGAGAAGCUCCACUUACUGUCUUUCUCCCAGACAAAAAGAAUUGCGGAAGCAGUUAGAACAAAGGAAAGAAAAACUGAGGAAAGAGGAAGAAGAAAGGAAAAGGGAACAAGAAGAACAGAAGAGAAGAGAGAAUGAGAUGGUUUUUAAAGCUUGGUUACAGAAGAAGAAGGAACAAGUGCAAGAAGAAAAGCGAAUUCGUCGUGCAAAGGAGCUAGAAGACAUGAACAGCAAAGACAGGAACAGGAAUCCAGAAGAAGCCUUCAAGUUAUGGCUUAAAAAGAAGCACCAAGAACACAUGAAAGAAAAACAGAUAGAAAUUUUGAGACGCCAAGCUGAGGGAAUUGCCUUUUUUCCAAGAACAGAGGAAUGCAACAGAGCCUUUAAAGAAUGGCUAAAAAGAAAGAGAGAAGAAAAACGAGCAGAAGAACUAGCUGCUAAAGAGAGAGCCAGGCAACUUAGAUUAGAAGCCAGAAGAGCGAAACAGAUGCAGAACAUCCACUGCGUUAGUUCAGAGCCUAAAUCCUUUCGCUUCACAGACCAUUACAGUUGAAAGUUUGAUAUAACCACAGGGUUCUUGGUGGAAGCCCUCUUAAUUUUUAUGGCUUGAGCUUUUGCU